UCUCACGCUGAGAAGUAAGAGAUAACUUGUCCCGCUAUAUAAUGUUAAUGGACGAGGCGCAGGUUUGCAGUGAGAGUUCAUAGCUGUCUUCACAGGUGCCAUAGCAGCAGAACUAGAGAAUGAGUUGGCCAAAAUAUGCCGAUCUCAGCCCUUUUCACUGAUGUGUGACGAAUCAAACAACAGAAAAACAGACAAAGAAUUCGUCAUCCUGACUAGACUCUACGAUGAGGCCACUCUGCAGGUCGCUACAAGAUUCCUGGAGAUGCCUACAUGCAAUGUAGGAAAUGCAGAAAAUCUGUAUGGAAAGCUGAGUGAAGCAUUAAGAAAAAGAGGCAUCCCAUGGGAUAACCUGAUUGCCUUUAACUCUGAUAAUGCGAGUGUUAUGAAAGGCCGACAUAACUCGGUCAUCAGCAGACUGAAGACCAGCCAGCCCCACAUCCAGGACCUUGGCUGCAUCUGCCACCUGGUACAGCUGGCCACUGGCUGUGGCAUCAGAGCAGCCCAGGUACCGGUGGAAGACAUCCUGGUGGGGAUAUACACCCACUUUGAUACAAGUGCAAAAAGAUGUGAAGUCUACAAAGAGUUUGUAGACUUCACAAAGUCAGACCACCUGAAGCUUCUCAGGUACUGCAGCACAAGAUGGCUAAGUCUGUUAACCUGCAUCCAGAGGGUGCUGAACCAGUGGGAUGCACUACAGGCCUACUUUAACAGUCAUGAGGAAGUAGAGAGGAGUGUUAAAGUGCGUGAUCUGGCAAGCCAUCUGCGUGAUCCAAUCAUGAAGACCUACUUCCUGUUCCUGAGUGCUGCCCUUAAGCCUUUAUCUGAAUUUAACAUUGCCUUCCAGUCAGAGGGAGUACAAAUUCACAGACUUGAGGAGGAGAUGUGCAGGCUGAUAAAGAGGAUCCUGGGCUACACAUCAGUUGGCUGA